UUACUGAAAAUCCAGAUAUCAUCCGUCAAGAAAACUGCCACUCUCUCUCUCUAGAAAUACAGGAGCAGGCCACCCAAACUCAACAGAACUGCUCAAGCAGAAUCAAAACCUCCAUUUUUUAGAUAGAGAAAAGCCUCAUAACCAAUUGUACAUAUACUGAGAGAAAAACAACUGAUGGUGUUGUAGAUACGGAAAUGAGAACGUAUGCUUACAUGUAUAAUCGAUUGAUUCUUGAAUAUAUAGUUGGACUCAUGCACAUGAGCAGCUAGAAGAGGGAAAAUAGUUUCCGAAGUGUUUUCCUUGAUAUGUGGCGGAUCUUUUUUGAGCCCUGACGAAGAAAUCCUCCGUUUCUUGAUAAGGAACGGCGUCGGAUUUACUACUUCGAGUGAGUUUCUUGCAAUGUGAAGUUGAAUUCGAGUGAGUUUUUAGGAAAGCGGAUUGGGUGCGGUUAGGUGUGUUUUUCCGGUUCGGAUUGGGGUUUUUCGGGGAAAUAUUAAUCAGUUGAAUACGGAGAAGUAACAGUAAGGGGAUGGAUGAUAGAGGCGGCGGCGGUGGAUCUUUUGUGGCGGUGAGGCGAAUAUCGCAAGGGCUCGAUCGUGGAAGUGCUUGCCAUUCUACUUCUGCAGAGGCUGUGGCAGGAUCAGCUGCGUGGCUUGGGAGAGGCCUUUCAUGCGUUUGUGCUCAGAGAAGAGACAGUGAUGCUCGUGCAUCAUUUGAUUUGACACCUGGACAGGAAGAAUGCCUAGAGAGGCUACAGAACCGAUUAGAUGUUGCCUAUGACAGUUCUAUCCCUGAACAUCAGGAAGCUCUGUGGGCAUUGUGGCAUGCUGCCUUUCCUGGGGAGGAACUCCAUGGUUUAAUAUCAGAGCAGUGGAAGGAGAUGGGUUGGCAGGGAAAAGACCCAUCAACAGAUUUUCGAGGUGGGGGUUUCAUAUCUCUGGAAAAUUUGUUGUACUUCGCUAGGAAUUUUCCGAAAUCUUUUCAGGAGCUUCUCUGGAAGCAGGAAGGUGACCGGUCAUUGUGGGAAUACCCAUUUGCUGUAGCUGGUGUCAACAUCACAUUCAUGCUUAUUCAGAUGCUUGAUCUUGAAGCAGUGAAGCCUCGAACGCUUGUGGGAGCAACCUUCUUGAAAUUUCUUGCAGCAUUUGACCUUCUAUAUUGUAUAACAUUCAAGCUACUGGAUCAUGAAUGGCUUGCGAUGCGUGCUUCUUAUAUGGAUUUCAAUGCUGUGAUGAAAGCUACCCGCCGUCAGCUGGAGACGGAGCUUCUCCAAGAAGACAUCACAUGUCUAGAAGAGUUGCCUUCCUACAGCCUUCUUAGUCGGUAGCAUAAUAGGUGGCUUGAUGGUUUUGGUGAAAGGUG